UCUCUGACUCGUAUUUCUUUAAAAGUAAAUCGCCAGGUAAUCUUUCGAUCAACAGUUUAUGAAUACCCAGGUAAACACCUUUUGUUUGGUUUGAAUCAUGCGCUUUUGACGAAAAUAAACAUCACGGAUCACGUCCUAGUUAAAACCUCGAUAGAAGUCAAAGGGUACGGUACUAACCCGAUAUUACAGACGAAGCGACAGGAUGAAGCUACAAAUUGCUGUGUUAUGUUUUGUCUUCAUAGCGCUUGCCUCCGCUAAAAGACAUAGGAGGGGCAAAGACAAGAUGAGAUGCCGAUACGAGCGUGGAGAUUGGGGAGACUGUGAUUUAACAUCAAACACUGUAUCUAUGACCUUGAACCUGAAACAGGGGUCACCUUCAGACUGUGUUCCAACUCAAACAAAGUCUAUCCCAUGUGAACAUCUGGAACAGAUCAAAGCAUGGAAAGCAAAGAAGUUUGAACGAAAGGCAAAGUUUGCUGAACACAGGGAACAUAAGAACAGACUGAAGAAACACAAGAAAGGCUUGAAGGAGAAAUUCGGAAUGGGCUGCAGAUUCGAUGUGUCUGUGAGUGAAUGUAACCAGGAAACCAACAUGGUAACCAAGACAUUUACAGUUACUGGAGGAGAUCCAGCGACAUGUCAACCAGAAUCUAUCGCUUAUUCAUGUGAACUUCACGAGAAACUCAUGAGAUGGAAACAGAAAAGACAAGACAAAAGGAAAAAUAAGAAUCACAAAAGGAAGGAAUGGAAAAAUAAAAGACACGAGAGACGACAGAACAGACGUGAAAGACUAUCAAAUUCAAAUUAACAAAUUAACAAAUUAACAAAUAGGCUAUAGUUACUACCAUUAAGAGUGAACAAACAAGUUAAUCACAAAUUUAGUUAGAUAUGACCUUUUUUUUUUUUACCCAAAACCAUUUUUUAUAUUUGUAAAUGUUAUUUUUUUAUAUUGCAUUAUAAAUCAUACUUGAGACAUCGAAACCAUAUACUGCUAAAUGUUUAAUCUAGCUUUAAAUCUAAUGUCAAAGAAGUAUAUGUCUGUUUAUUAGAACCACGUUACGUAUUUUGUCAAGUUUUUAUUGUCUGUGACAUUUAUGUUUUAACAUUGACUGUAAAUGUUUUUAAGUGUAUUUCCAAUAAAAUAUUUUUUAACUUCUUGA